ACACAUAUACAACAACUAACUAAUAAACUGAUCUUCAUUGGAUCUGCUUCAGCUUAGCUCCCCGAAACAGACGGCCUUUUGACUAGCUUCCAUUCCAAAAAUAUACCGAACUCUUUCCCGACAAAAGCAAGAGGAUGCCAAUGUUACAAUUAUUUGAUUUAGUAUGUUACCCUCGAGCUACCCCGCCUCGAGCCCGCCAUGUAUUAAUUCACAAGUGUCAAUACAUGACCCCAUUAUCAAGAAGAGGAGAAGCCAAGCGGGUGAACGGGUUAAUUCCGUGAUCCGGGGACGGGAACUUGUGUUCAGAUAUCCUUGCAUAUUGGUAGAUCCUCCAUGUACUUUAUUAUCCUUCUAUUAUCUAGGUGAUGUUGAUCAUGAUGUGUUAUUAUAAGGAUUGGACUUCCUUGAUACUAACAUAAAUUUAUCGAUCAUUACGCCAAUACAAACAUACACAUAAUCUUUGCGUAGCAUAUUUUGUAAUAUUGAUUAUUAACAAAAUCUUCGGGUUCUUUGUUCUUCAGACUCGAUAUCAAUCAAAACAUAUAUCUCGAUCUAACAAGCAAUACCCUAAAAUGACAUCAACACCACACAAUAAUUACGAUUUCAUAAUCGUAGGAGCUGGCCCAGCCGGACUAUCCCUCGCAGCACGCCUCUCGUCAGCUCCUUCUCAUCCAUCGGUUCUCCUCAUUGAAGCAGGAGGUCCCAACAAUGACCAAGAAUAUCUUGUUCCCGCUGACCGCUUCACUCUCUUUGGCACUCAACCCUCUUUAAAUUGGGGAUAUAAGACAGAACCCUGUUCUCAUCUAGGAGGUCAACAAAUUGAUUAUUCACGGGGGAAAGGAAUUGGCGGUAGUACCGCUAUUAAUUUUUCCUGUUGGGUAAUCGGAGGAGCAGAAGAUUUCGAUGCCUGGGCUGAACAGGUCGAUGAUGAUACAUGGUCGUGGACGCAAGUUAAAGAACGCCUCAAAAAAAUCGAACACUACCAUGAUGAAGUUCCAGACCAACAUCGCGAAUUUGUGAAUCCAAAACCAGAAGAUCAUGGAACCGAGGGGUCACUUCAUCUUUCUUACGCUCCUGUUUGGGAAAAGGGGUUGACGGAUGUCUUUAUAGCAGCUAAACAAGCCGGAUUGCCGUUGAAUACUGAUAUAAAUUCUGGGAAUCCAAUUGGGAUGGGCAUGGGCUCUUCUUGUAUGCAUAAUGGGUUGAGAACAACCGCUGCAUCUUAUUUACCAUUGAUGGGUCCGAGAUUCGAAACUAUCCUCAACGCCCCCGUUGCGAAAGUCCUAUUUGACGGAAAGAAAGCGAGGGGUAUUAGAACAAUCGAUGGCCGAGAAUACUAUUCCCGUAAAGAUGUCAUCUUAUCAGCGGGUGCAUUGAAUAGUCCUCAACUUCUUCUCCUUUCUGGAAUCGGUCCCGCUUCCGAACUCAAGGAACACAAUAUACCAAUCAUCAAAGAUCUUCCACAAGUAGGAAAGAAUCUUCAAGAUCAUUGCUUUUCUACCACAACUCUGUUACUGAAAGAAGGAUCAAAUGAUCGCAUGGAAUUUGAAAUGAAUGAAGAGAUGAAGAAAACUGCAAAGGAAGGUUGGAUUAAAGAUAAGAGUGGAAAGUUGGCGGAAUUAUACUGUGGUGUUCCGAUGGGCUGGUUUAAAAACGAAAAGGUUUUGGAAUCAAAAGAAUUUAAUGAUUUGUCAGAGGAUAAGAAGGCCUUUCUGAGACAGAAGAAUGUUCCUAUAUUUGAAAUUGCUACGCACAUACCUCCCCUUUUUACAGGCACCCACGUCCUCUCCCCAACAGAUUCCUACCUAACCUGCUCCUCCUUCGUCAUGAACCCCCAAGCAACAGGCAGCAUCACACUAUCUUCUGCCGACCCCUCUGUACCACCGAAAAUCGACGCGAAUCUAAUUAAUCAUCCAUAUGAUCGACGAGUUCUUAUUGAAGCAGUAAGAAAAGCGAUGGAGUUUUUAGACACGCCUGUUUUUAAAGAGAAGACUGUAAAAAUGAUUGGAGUUCCCGAGGGUGGUGUUGGGGCGAGUGAUGAAAGUAUUUGGGAACACUGCCGCAACAACCUUUUCAGUAGUUGGCACAUGUGCAGUACAGUACGCAUGGGUAAAGAUAAAGAUGAGAGUGCAGCAUGUGUAGAUACGAAUUUCAGGGUACUGGGUGUGGAAGGACUGAGAGUGGUGGAUUUGAGUGUGAUUCCGCUCUUGCCAAAUAAUCAUACACAAUCAACAGCAUACCUAGUGGGUGAAACGGCAGCCGAGAAAAUGAUUCAAGAAUAUGCGUUAGAUUCACCUGGUACUGCUUUUACUCGGCGGGAUACUGGGGGAAGUGGUGACUUGAGGUCCAGUCUUUAAACUCGAGGUGGAAAUUGGGAGUUUGGACUCAUGAUUUAGUCGAAUGUUAUUAACAUAGCGAGAUAAACAUUAGGUAGCUAUUUCUUGUCUCGGCCUUUUCCAUACAUCGAUUCACUUUUACU